GAUGAAAUUCACUCUCAUUUUCUUAGUUCGCCACCUAAGCUUGACUGGUUUACGAAAUAUUUAUUUCAGUUAAUAAUUGUUGAACUAACCAAAUCGACCAUGGUUUAAAAUAUAUAAUAUUCUAAACUUACAUACACAGUCACACACACACACAUAUUUAUAAAUAUAUUUUCAAUCCCGGCCUUUAAGCUGAUCAGUCAUUCAUGGAGAAAUAUCAGAUAAUAACUUUUCAAUCAUUAUUUUAUCUUGUGAUCUUUCUGUUUAUCAUCGUUGUUAAUGCAUCUACUGAUAAUAAGUUGGAAAAACAUGGUGUUAAGCUUUUUGUAUUUGGAGACUCGUAUGCUGAUACUGGAAACAGUAAGAAACACACGGUAUCAUGGAAACCGCCGUAUGGGAUUACUUUUCCAGGCAAACCGGCCGGCAGGUUCUCUGACGGCCGUGUCCUCACAGACUAUAUAGCUUCGUUUCUGGGCAUAAAAUCUCCGGUGGCGUACAGAGAGAUAAAGGGGGUAGAGAAAUGGAAAGUGAGUAAGUAUGGAAUGAACUUUGCAUUUGGAGGGACAGGAGUGUUUGAUACAAUGGAAAAGGAACCAAACAUGUCCACCCAAAUCAAUUUCUUUGAAGAUGUAUUACGUGAAAAUGAUUUCUAUUCCAAACAAGACCUUAACUCUUCCCUGGCUUUAGUCUCUAUUGCUGGCAAUGACUAUGGUGCUUACCUUUCUAAAGGUACCAAUAACAUUAACAGCAUGGAGGGUUUGGCGAAUUUGACGACAUCAAUAAUUGACCAACUUGUUGCGAAUGUGAGGCGGAUACAAAAGUUGGGAGUGAGAAAAAUAGCAGUUACAGCACUAGAACCUCUUGGAUGUCUUCCCCCAUUCACAGCCUCUUCUUCAUUCCAAAAUUGUUCUCAAAUUUUCAACUCUGUCUCUGAUUUUCACAACCAAAUAUUGCAUCAAAAAUUGCAAGCUCUAAACAAUCAGACCAGCUCAUUAUCAAACUCUUUGCCAAUCUUAGUUCUUGAUCUCCAUACCACGUUCAUGUCUGCAUUUGAGAAUUUGAAGAAGAAUAUCACUGCUACUGCUACUACUGCAGGAAAUUUGAGAGUGGAGUCUCCAUUAAUAAUGAAGCCUUGUUGUGUGGGAAUAAGCAAAGAGUAUUCGUGUGGGAGUUUGGAUGAAAAUGGGGCAAAGAAGUAUAGUGUAUGCAAGAAUCCUGAGCUAUCUUUUUUUUGGGACAUGAUUCACCCUUCUCAAAAUGGUUGGUCUGCAGUUUUUUCUGGACUCAGAUCUUCUCUUCAUAAUUUAAUAAUUAAUUAGUCAAAAUCAUCAUCAUUAUAUAUAUAAAUGCAAGAAGUAGUCUUGAUGCAGACGACACGUGUACAGUGUACUGCACCCUAUUUCUAGAAAACUAAUUCUAGUAUGAUGUUAUGAAAAGAAAAGAGCUUCAAAUUAAGGACCUGAUUAAUGUUUCAAAUUGUAAUAACUUUACUAAGUCAAAAUCCUAUAUACUCAGUCUUCCCGAACACUAUUAUUGUUUUUACUGUACACUAUAGCUAGCUGCUUAAACAAACUAUGAAUAUCUACGAAGAGAAUAUAUGUAAGAAAAAUAUUAUUAUUUUUGUUUAGCUCUAAGCAAUAAUUGAUGAAUUAUUACAUUAUUAUUGAUAGUACCA